AUGGCGGUUCAUGCGUCCUCUUCCAAAGUCUUCUCCGUGCUGAAGCUCCUCAUGGGCUCUUUCGUCCACUACCGAAAGCACAAAGAGCUCUGGACGCGCCUCACCGAGCUCUACGAGCCGAUUCUCUUCCGCUCUUUGUCGGUUUCCAACGCGAUUGUGCGUCGUCACGCCGCCAUUCUGUUCAUUGAUUGCUUCCCCCUCGGAACCUCCGAGGCACGUGACACCUAUUCCAUCGAGGACCAGUUCAAGGCCAUUCUCGUGCUGUGCGACGACGAAACGCCCGACGUGCGGAGCGUGGCGGUGGCGGGAGUUUUGCAUUUGAUCUGCAAUUAUUUCGAAUUACUGCCGGUGUCGGUGACGUCGAUGAUUCUGGAGCACGUGACGACGCAUUUGAUGCACGACGUGCACGUGGAAGUCCGCGAAUUGUGUCUCCGCGGACUCCUCGAGCUGCUGGACAACCGGCUGGUCUACAAGGUUUUGUUCCCGCACAUCGCGAAGCUCUGGCCGUUCCUCUUCGAUCGGAGCCUGCGGGUCCGCAAGAGCUUCCUGCAGCUGCUGAUCAAGCUGCAGAACAUCAAGUCGUUCGAUCUGUCCGCGGUUUUCGUGCUGGACGACUUCCUUCGCAUGCUGCGCUUCGACCACACCGCCAACCCCACCAACUCCAUCAACCGCCUCUACACCAAGUUCCUCACGCCUCUCUUCUGGAAGGAGGUGUCUUUUAUUCGCCUUUCUGCUAACAUAGAAAAACAAUUCGCGCGUCGUCACGCGCGUUCACAAUUUUCUCAUCCACGACCCCGACGCCUGCGCCGUUUUCUUCGCGCAGAGCGUCGAAACCGCGGGACUCGACAGCGUCCUGAAGCUCACGCGACUCCUCCUGAUUUCCCUGUUUCUCUGUUUUAA